UUGGCUUUCACUGACUCUAGUGCACACUGUAGUGACCGUCAGUGGGGCACGCACAGAAGACCUAGAGUCUACAGUCAAGAUGGCAAGUGCAGUCCUUCUGAGAGCCUGUCGGCUGACUCUGAUGGGAAGACAGAAUAUUUUAAUGAAAACAGCUCAGCGUGCGAUGGCAGGUAAAGGUAUCCCAACAGAUGAAGAGCAGGCAGCGCUCACUCACCUACAAUUUAAAACAUUCAUAAGUAGAUUAAAAAUCUUUUUCAAGGAAGUCUUCUUUUCUAAAGGAAAGACGUGUGUCUGUGUGUUGUCUUGUGAAGGUGAGGAGGACAACACCGCGAUUGUUUGGUUCUGGCUUCACGAGGGAAACCCUCAGCGCUGUCCGUCCUGCGGCUCGCACUACAAACUGGUCCAUCACGAGCUGCCACACUGAGCUGGACCACACAAACACCUAAACCUCUGCAGAAACCGCUGCCUGCCUAUGCCAAACAUGUACAGGAGUCAAUAAUAAAAACUAUUUAAUACAAU